AUGCAUCCGCGAAUCAUCACAGAUCACCGCUGGACCGCUGCUAGCGCCGUACGUGUUCUGGGGUCGGCCUCCGGCGGCUGGGGCUCUGCCCCAGACCCCGUGGCUCCUCUCGCUUCGCUCGAGUCGUUUUUUACCGGGGUCCCGCUAAAGAAACAGCAGAAGAAGAAAGCCAAGAGCAAGAAAAAGAGCGCAAAAAGUGCUGGUAACGACGACAAAGCCAGUCCUGACGAAGAUGCCACGACAGCUGCUGAGGCAGGUGCUGCUGCUAAAGAUGAGGUUCCUGAAGACGAGAAUUUGGCAGACUCCGAAAGACAGACUCCAGAAGUCGAAUCGAAGCCCGAUGGUGAAAUAGAAACCAAGGACGAAGCGACGGAUGAGCCCAAGGAGGAACCAGCAGAGGAACCCAAAGAAGAAGUCAGGGAAGAGCCAGACGAGGUACUGAAAAAAGAACCCAAAGAAGAGGUCAAAGAAGAAACCAAAGAAAAAGUCAAAGAGCCAGAAGAGGAAGUGAAAGAAGAGGUCAACGAAGAGCCAAAAGAGGAGGUGAAAGAAGAGGCCAAAGACGAGCCCGCUCCAGAACCUGUUGAACAGACAAGCAGUGAAAAGAUUGAAAAGCCAGUUGAAAAGUCAAUUGAAGAGCCAAUUGAAAAUUCAGCUGAAAUAGCAGAGAACGAGAAACCUGAAGCUCUUCAGCAAGAGCCAGCAUUGACUGAGACACCAGCUGCAGCUGCAGCGACUGCUAACGACAACAGUCAGACAGUCUUGGAAUUGCAACAACAAGUUCAAGAGCUGAAAAACGAAAACAGCAGACUCACUUCUAAAAUAGAAUCUCUUGAAAAGACGAUCUCCACUCUCCAAACUAAGAACAACAGUCUUCUUAACCAGCUGGCCGAGAACGACCGCGACCUGCUCCACUCACCUCCACAUAUCCCCAUUGGCAGUAACCGGACCAGCAACGUCGACCACACCGGCCGACCACGCGCGACUUCAUUCGUCGACCUCGAUCUCUCUGGCGAAGCGUCCAAAAUCUCCGAUAUCCGCAAGCAAAUGGAGCAAUGGCGGGGCUGGCAAGUGGACAUGCGCGGAUGGCGCAAUCUCGGGGUCGGGCCCCAGUUCGUGCUCUAA